UGCUUUGGUGAAACCAAGAUGAAGCUCUCAGUUGUCUUCGCUGGACUUCUUGGAGUCUUUCUGACCCCAGCCCUUGCUUUCACUGAUAUCAGCAUUGGCGGUAACAGCAACAGUGGCACAAGUGGGCAGCAGUCAGUGAGUGUCAACAACGAGCACAAUGUUGCAAACGUGGACAACAACAGCGGUUGGGACUCCUGGAAUACCCUCUGGGACUAUAACACUAACUUUGCUGCAACCAGACUCUUUGGCAAGAAGAAAUGCGUUGUGCACAGAAUGAACAAGGACGUCAUGCCCUCUCUUCAAACUCUUGAUGCACUGGUCAAGGAAAAGAAGCUUCAGGGUAAUGGACCAGGAGGACCACCUCCCAAGGACCUGAUGUACUCAAUCAACUCUGAAGAAGUCAAGGACCUGAGCAAGUUAGGAAAACCCAUUGCUAACAUGUGCAGGGGAAUUCCAACAUACAUGGCUGAGGAGAUUGAAAGGGCAAGCCUGUUCUUUUCCUCAGAAAAGUGCUUCAGUGCUAAUAUAAUCUGGAUUCUGAACAUUUCCUUCUGUGAAGGAACAGUGGAGAAUUAAAAAAAAAAAAGUCACUUUGAGUUUAGUCAUCAGAAUAGUUGAUGCAAAAAAAAUGGGUU